AUGCAGCGAUCCCGUGCCAGCAGCACCAGCAGUGGCCGCCUGCCGGCUCCUCCGCCAAUGGGAGCUCCUCCUCCGCAGCCCCUGGAGGCGCCCAAGAUCAUUGUCAUCCAUCCGGGAUCGCAGCAUUUGAGGAUAGGCCGGGCGGCCGACCUGAAUCCGCUCACCCUGCUGCACGCGGUGGCCUACAGGCGUCGCUUGGCCACGGCUACGGACCAACCGCAUCAUGAUCCUCUCCUGCCGCCGCUGGACAACGUGAACACCACUGCUUUAAUGGUGGACUUUGAGGAGCAGCGCCUGGCGGUGUCGCGCAUCCUGCAGCACUGCGUCGUGGAUGAGAAGAAUCGUUUGAGGGUGGCCACGCCGCCCCAGCAGUUGGCCCACUUCAAUCGGAGCAGCCAGGCGGAGAAGGUGCAGAUGCAGGUGAUCCCAGAGGAGGAGUUGCCCUGGCUGGAGCACCUCUUCGACGACCGGAUACUGCGACUGAGCGCUCAGGAUGCCCGCGACUACGACAUCCACUUUCCCAUGCAGCGGGGCGAACUGAAUGUGCACAAGGAGAAGGGCGGCUCCCUGCAGGCCAGCCUGCAGCACUUGGAGCGCAUCUGGUCAUAUGCUCUAGAGACCCGUCUCAAGAUCCCGCUGCGCGAACUGAACACCCACUGUGCCGUCCUCGUGGUCAACGAUGUCUAUGUGCGGCGGCAUCUGCGCGAGCUGAUGACCCUGCUGCUGCAGCGCCUCGGCUUCAGGCGCUGCUUCCUCGUCCAGGACAGCGUGGCUUCCACCUAUGGCGCCGGCAUUGGCUACGGCUGUGUGGUGGACAUUGGCGCCCAAAAGACCUCGAUUGCUUGCAUCGAGGAUGGGAUUUCCCAGCUGGAUGCCCGCGUGCGGCUGCCCUAUGGCGGCGGCGAUCUGGAUCAAGUGCUUCUCCUGCUCCUGCGCAAAUGUGGCUUUCCCUACCGCGAGUGCAACGUUCAGGACAGCUAUGCGGAUGCCCAUCUGCUGGACGAGCUGAAGGAGCGGUUCUGCCAUCUCAAUGCCAGCGUCUGUGGCGCCCAGGAGAAGCACUUUAAUCUGCGCCGGCCAAACGGCCAGUGGCUGCGCUACACCAUCCAGGUGGGCGACGAGGCCAUCAUGGCGCCUCUGGCCCUCUUUCACACCGAACUGCUCAACAUUACGGGCCGCAUGCGGUCGGUUUGCACGCAGCAGGCUGCGCAGGAGCAGUACGACUGCGAGGACUGCUUCGAUGCGGAGUAUCUGAAGGAGACGGGCCGCAAGAACGGCCUCUCCACGGCAACCCAGCAACGCUCUCAGCUCCAACUGCCGGUGACCGCCGACGAUGAGGAGCAGCUGAUUGUGGUGGAUCAGACGACGGAGGAUCAGGCGAACAGCAAUGGCCAGCAGACGAACUGCUAUCAGAAUGGCCAGACGGGUCAGGUGUUGCCCCUCGAUCAGGCCGUCAUCCGAUCCAUCAGCCGUCUGUCCAGCGGCGAGACGAGGCGCAAGAUGUUCGGUUCCAUACUGCUCGUCGGCAGCAGUGCCAAGCUGCCGGGACUGGCCGCCUGGCUGGAGCAUCGGAUUAGCCAGCAAAUUCAGCCCACCGACACCGAGGUGAAUGUCUUCACCAAGGGCAUGGACGCGGGCAUGGUGGCCUGGAAGGGAGCGGCCAUUAUGUCCGUGCUGGAGAGCGCCCGCGAGCUGUGGAUAUCGCAGCACGACUGGCAGCGCCACGGACUGCGGAUACUCCGCGAGCGAUCGCCGUUCCUCUGGUGAGGAUGACCCAUUGCAUUU